AUGGCCAAACCUUUCCGGUUAUCAUCUCGUCCGACCUUCAACUUUCUCAAGAAUUGCGAUUACUCGAGCUACUUUGUGAAAAUACAAACUUGCGAUAGGUUGGACGUUUGUCGAUAUCAAAGGCGAAAAAGAGUUGCUUUGCCGAUUGUCUUUGCUCUUGACAAAUUUCGAGCUUACCUGAUUGGAUCACCUAUUACGAUCUUCACCGAUCACUCCGCCCUUAAGUACCUCUUUUCUGAAAAGGAUGCUAAGUUACCGUGGUAUGCGCACAUUGUUAACUACUUAGUAACUGGUGAGCUCCCUUCUGAGUGGAGUUCACAAGACAAACGCAAAUUCUUGGUUGAGGUGCAAAAUUUCUUUUGGGAUGAUCCCUACUUAUUCAAGUAUUGUCAGGCAGGAUUAUGCGAAAAUGCAUUCCCGAUGAUGAGGUGCCAAAAGUUAGGCUCCUUGUCCCGUCGGCACAUGAUGCCCUUGAACCCAAUUAUUGUCAUCGAAGUAUUUGAUUGUUGGGGGAUAGACUUUAUGGGACCAUUUCCACCUUCUUUUGGUUACCUUUACAUCCUUCUUGCUGUGGAUUAUGUUUCAAAAUGGGUCGAGGCGGUACCUUGUCGAAAUAAUGAUAACGCUGUUGUGAAAUUCUUAAAAGAAAAUGUGUUAUCGAGGUUUGGUACCCCUCGCACUAUCAUUAGUGAUCAAGGCACUCAUUUUUGCAACCGAUCUUUUGAGGCUCUUAUGCGAAAGUACGGUGUACUUCACAAAGUUGCCAAUGCCUAUCAUCCACAAACCAAUGGUCAAGCUGAGCUAGCUAAUAGGGAGAUCAAAAACAUUCUUGAAAAGACGCAUGUCAUUUACCUCGUCGAACUUGAGCACAAAGCUUAUUGGGCUAUUAAGGCCACGAACUUCGAUCUACGUGCGGCGGUACAGAAUAACCGAAAACUUCAAUUGUCUGAAAUUGAGGAGUUGAGAAAUGAUGCUUACGAUAAUUCUAGGAUCUACAAAGCAAAGCUGAAAGUUGCUCACGAUAAACAGAUCCUAAGAAAACAUUUUGAGCCGAAUCAAAAAGUACAUUUGUACGAUUCUCGUUUGCAUCUCCACCCCUAA